AUGAAGUGUAGCAUUUGUGCUGAAGAGAGAGCUGUCAGUGAUAUGCAGGAGCUCAGCUGCAAACAUCAGUUCUGCGUACAAUGUCUUGGACAAUAUACAGGAACGCUUUGUCCUGCUCCUCUUUGCGCAGGCACAAGAUCUUCAGAUAUCAUUGUCGACGAAAUGGCUGGAGUGGAGGGAAGCGCAGCUACACAAAUCGCUUUUGGAUCAUAUACAUUAUCAGUCCUUGAUUUGGAGGAAAGGCAAAGAUGCGAAGCGCGGCAUGGUGCAUUUCCAUGUGUCAAUGUUGCAAGGAUGUAUCUUAUCAAUUGUCGACAUCGAAUUUGUUACGAUUGCCUCAGCGAAAAACUCUCUCAUGAUAUACUUAACAAUGACAUACCUAACUGCCCCUUGGCUCGAUGCAGCAAUCGCAUCUCAAAGGUUGAAGUACGCGCGUUGGCAAAUCGUUCACCGAAGGAUAGACAACUCUGUGAGACAGCCGAAAAACUCAUAACCGAAAAACAAUCAGAAAUGCCACCUGAUAAAGAGGAAAUCGUUGUGGAAAGCUAUAUUUACGGGAGAGAAGCCACCAACAAGCGAAUUAUCAUACCCAAACUUUGUGUUAUUUCCGAUCUCAUCAAUGCAAUAUUGCAAAUGCAACGACUUGCUAGGAACAGAACCACGUCCAGUAUCAGUAUUUUUGUACGAUUCGAAAUGGAAAAAGGGCUUUACAAGUACGAAAAGCUGGUAGCGAAAGAGUUGGGGAAGAAAACUGUAAAGGACUUGAAUUGGGGCGAUACAACAUACGUAGUGUGCACUGCCAAUAGUGAAGUGGAUGAAGUGGAUCAAGCGGAUAAAGCGGACAACCGCUUCGCUAUUGCUCAGUUCUCGGAAUCGACCAAUGACGAAGCGAAUAAAGCGGAUCAAGUGGAUUAA